AUGACAAAUCAAGAUCCUAGUUUGAGUUUUCUUGACCAUUCCGAUCCUCUAUUUCUUCAUCCUGCUGACCAUCCUGGUUUAUUGUUGGUCUCUAAACCAUUUAAUGGUUCGAAUUUUGGUUCAUGGAAGAAAUCUAUGUCAAUCGCUUUAUCAGCAAAGAACAAAUUAAUCUUUAUCAGUUCCAAUUCUCAGCCUCUUGCCACUGAUCUGAAGUUUCCUCAAUGGAAGAGAUGCAAUGAUAUGGUUACCUCCUGGAUUUUGAAUGUCUUAUCUCCAGACAUUGCUGACAGUGUUCUUUAUUCGGAUUCCGCUCACGACAUCUGGAAAGAACUUGACGAUCGCUAUGGCCAAGCAAAUGGUGCCAAGCUAUUUCAAUUAGAGAAAGAUAUUCGUUUAUCAGGCCAAGGUACAAAUGAUAUCGCUGGAUACUUUACUAAAUUGAAGAAAAAUUGGGAUGAGUUAAACACUUUAUCUUCUCUGCCUAUUUGUUCUUGUGUGAUUACAAUCACAUCAGAGGUAAUAUUUUAA